UCUGGGAUCCUCAGCCAGGGCACUGGCGUAGAUACACACGGCCGGUGCUGGUCCCCCCCGGCACUCUGCCUGGAGCCCCCACGACAGCACGGACUCACCCUCUGCCCCUUUCUCCCUCCCUCCAUCCCGCCAGCACCAUGAGCCGCCCAGGACUGUUAGCCGUCCUGCUCCUGGCCGUGCCGGCCGUCUCCCUUCCUGUGACAAAUGACAUGAAUAAAAGCGACACUAAGGUGAUGAAGUGCAUUGUAGAGGUCAUCUCUGAUACUUUAUCUAAGCCAAACCCCCUGCCGAUCAGUGAGGAAUGCCUAGAAACACUCCGAGGAGAUGAACGAAUUAUUUCUAUCCUUCGCCACCAAAACCUAUUGAAGGAACUCCAGGAAAUUGCCGCUCAAGGUGCCAAUGAGAGAACCCAUCAGCAGAAGAAAAACAGUGGCUUCGAAGAUGAACUUUCUGAAGUCCUUGAAAACCAGAAUGACAAGAACAAGCAGAGAGAUGCAGCAGGGGAGCACCCCAAAGAGGAACAGCCCACGGGGUCCCUGGCUGAGCUGACAGAACAGAAACCCCAGCAAAAUGAGGAUUCAAGAGAAGAGGGAAAGAACAGCCUGGAGGAGAGGGAGCCCAGGCCCAGGGAUACCAACCCUGUAGAGAAAGAGGAUCGGGAAGAAGCAGAAAGCAAUGACAUCAGGGAUACAGACGAUGCCCAGCGAGACAGAGCUUUGGACAACCACACUGGCAAAGAUUUCAGUGAGGAUGAGCAGCAGCAGCAAGAGGAUGAAGAGGAGGAGCCCAGAGGCUCCAGGGACAGCCUGGAGCUUGAGGGUGAGGGAGAGGAGCCAUCCAGGAAGGGCCGGGAGCACAGCAAGGAGGUGGCGGGGGAGCGUGUGGAGCGGGAGGAUGACGGAGAUGAUGCUGCAGAGGAGGACCCUACUGAAGCAGAGAGAUCACUUGAUUUGGCUGAGGAGGACGAGGAGGCUGAGGAGGUGCAGGAAGAUGACAAUAAUGAUGAUGUGCUGGGAUUUGGCAAAGAUGGGCGGAGCUCUGAGGAGGAGGAGGAAGAGGAGGAGGAGGAAGAGCAGCCCCGGGCAGUGAGGGGAGGAAGACAUCACCUGGAGGAUGAGGGGAUGCAGGAGGAGGAGGACACCUUCCAGACCAGGGAUGCCAAAAGUGACGAGAUGGAGGAGGAAUCCUCCAGGGAGUGGGAAGACACCAAGAGAUGGAACAAAAUGGAUGAGCUGGCCAAACAGCUGACAUCAAAGAAACGCCGGGAGGAAAAUGAUAGUGGGGAAGACCCAGACAGGUCCAUGAAAAAGCCAUUUAAGUCCCGCAAGUAUGCCUUCCGUAGUCCAGAGGAAGAUGUGAAAAGGUCAUGGAAGCAUCACUCGAAGGAGGACAGCAGUGAAGGAGGCUUCCCACUUGCUCCCAUGCCUGAAGAAAAGAAGGACGAGGAAGGCAGCGCUAACAGAAGAACAGAGGACCAGGAGCUGGAGAGCCUGGCUGCCAUCGAGGCCGAGCUGGAGCGCGUUGCCCACAAGCUGCACGAGCUGAGGCGAGGCUGAGGGCUCCGGCCCUCCCUGUGCGGGCGAGAGCACCGGCGCCACCCUCCUGCCUCCCCACCGCGUUUCCAUUUCCCGAUUUAAAAGCAAUUAAGCCGAGCGAAGCACCGCCCUCGCUAGCGCCCAGGCCUGCCUCCUUCGCCGUAGUGUUGUGCCCAUCGCCGCUGCUUCACCUCACGCUCCCCUGUCCGCACGGAUGCCCACCCGCCCGGCCGGGCGCUGGUGGGUGCGAAGUGCAACCUACAUGUGUAUUUUCUGUCUGGGUGGGGUUUUUUUCCCUCUUUUUUUUUAAAAGACAAGACAGCUUUCUAGAAAGUUCUUCUUUCACCGGUAGUUUCACUGGGUAAAAAACUGCAAUAACUUGUUAUCUUUUGAUUAAAUGCUGAGAACUCUGACUGUAAUAUAUUCUAUAUAAAAAAUUUAUCUAAGGAAAAAUAAAACUGCAGUGGGUUCCUUCC